UGCUGCCCUCCAGCGCAGGCGUGACCUGCCACAACGCAGCGCUUCUCUCCAUACCUCGUCGUACCUCAGGGCUCCAUCUGAGCUUUUACCUACCUACAUCUUCCUAAACCUCUCCACCACCUCCACCACGCACACACACACACACACACUACCACCGCUUAGACCACGACAGCGCCUGCUAUUAUUGGCUCUAUCUCUUCCCAUCCACUCGUCUCCUAGAGCAACGACGUAUGAUAUCUUUUCCUCUGUCCAAUUCCGUACGUCGUACUCUUUUAACUAUCGUAGAAUUCGAAGCUGAGCUGACCAUAACUCUUCGUUUCCCGCCUCCCGCAGUCUGUGUCUGAUGGUUGCAAACGAUUUCCGUCGCCCUCCCUCUUGUCGACGACUGUAGUUAUGAUAAUGUGCAAUGAUAUACGACCCUGAAGGCGCACACACGAACGCACGCACGCCGAAAACAAAAACGGCGCCGUCGUCGAUUUGAGAGAAGCGUUCUUUUCAUGCUGGCGUAGCUGCUGCCGGCACUCUCCUCGUCUUUGGAGACCUCUGGCUGCGCGGGAGAAUCCUCCGCCCACCGCAUCUUCUUGCCGAGUCCGCAUCCCUCUCCCGUAGCCGCAGCCAGCUAGAAACGGCUGCCGAGAGCAAACGCUUGUUGUGGUUUCUUGGGCAUCUCGGAGCGUAUCAGAGACUUUUGCUAUGAGUGGAGACGAACCCAUUUCCAGCUUUGGUGAUCCAAACGCUCAACCUCCCACCCCUAAACAAACCCCAACCUCUGCUGGCUUUCCGAGCUCUGUCUUCGAAACUCCCAAAAACAACCACCACCAUCGGGCCUCGUUCGACGAGUCCUCGGGCUGGACACCGCGCUUUGCCGAAGAAUACUCCGUUUUCAACUCCACUCCCGGCAACUUGACCGGCUCCCACCCUCCUUUUGUCGACUUCUCCGUCCCCACGCCCUACCAGUCUUCCCACCACAAGAGGCCCCUGUCUGCCGAGGAGAUCGCCGCUGAUAUUGCAUCCCAUGUUACCCACUACUUGCCCAACCCAAACCUGCCUCUGCCCGCCGUCGAGCCGUCUCGGCGACUUCUCUCCUCUCCGGCGCCCCUAGUGACGGAUCACAGCCCAACCGAGACCAGCUUUCAGACUGCCUUACAGCAGCUGUCUUCCAAGAAGGGCUACCGGGAUACACCGCAAGAAGCCAAGACCCAGACGGCCACGCCACCGCCGUCGGCUCACAAGGGUAAGCGGCGGCUUGCUCCGAAGCUCCAGACAGGCAUCAUGCAAAAUGAGGGUUUCGAUCCAGAGUUAGUACCUGGCACGCCGCAACAGCAGCACAUGUCUGGCUUCAUAUCAGCUCCCGACCUUUUUGGAUAUCCUAUGUCGGCGCCAGCCACGGCCCCGGCCUUCGGGGAUGCACGCAUAUUUUGGGAUAGCGAUAUGACCCCGAUGGAUAUCGACUUCUCCACUGCUAGCGGAAGUGCAUUCCCGCCACCGAGCCACCGACCCAUGGGCUCCCUGGAUUGGGGCAAGUCCAACGAGGUAUUCCAGGACACCGGCGUUGUUCCAUCGCAGACUCAGGAAACUGGUCACCCGCCGGCAAAGAAGGAACGGGCGCUUGCGCCGAAGCCUGUGUCAUCGCCCCUCGACACGAGCGCGGCGGACUCGUCCAUGUUCAGUUCAUCUUUCCCUGCCUCAGCUGACGAUUCUUUUGUUAUGAUGAGCCAUAGUGGCGGCGUAGAUCCUGGCCUUCUCUUUACUCGGCCACCUUCUGCCGAUAUGGAACCGGCGCCCUUUGACCCCAUGCCGCAGCCUACCCUGAUGCAGCCUUUGACGCCACUGGAAACUGCGCCGGUACCCGCCAAACAGCCAAAACGCGGUCCUGUGCGUCGUACGGCAGGCAGCAAAGGAGCGACAACCGGCAAGAAGGCGAAUCGUGCUUCGGCAAGCUCGCCAGUCAAGCCUAUCGACCGUCCCGGGCUGUCGCGGAGUGUUAGUGAGAAAGGAACCCGAAAGCCCGCUGGCAAAAUGCCUAGUUUGCCGAGCCUUGCGCCGGCCGCGCGACCUAUACCACAGAGUACCCGGAGGUCGGUAUCUCAGGGGCCCAGAACAGGCGGGAGAAUAUCACCGCUCAAGAACUACCACCAUCGGCUGCCUAGCCUGAGCUCUAUUCCCGAGGCGCCGGCUCCUCGAACUCAAACCUCUGUCAAGUUCACAAUCGACUCGAAAGGUCGGGCGCGGGCAGAAACGACGACCAUAGUUGUAAACGAUGAGGAGCCGACGUCUGCCAUCGCGCGGCGCCGGAGGGAGGAGCAACGUGGCCAGGAGCAGCGUUGGACAUCCUCCGGAGAGGACGAAUCUUCCACGGACGACGAGCCUAUCAUCAUCCCGAGCAGAAACACGUCGUUUGCAGCUCCUGAUCUGCGAAUGCCGUCCUCCCAGGCUUUCCACACGUCGCAGACAAGCAUCGCCGACCAAAGCACGAGUAGCUUAGGCAUCUAUUUCACGGACCACGAUCCGGCGGACAACGAUGCCGAAAGCGAGGCGGAGACGGUGAUGAAUGUGGCUGACGGUGGCGACCGUGGUGACGCGGCAAGCGAACUGCGCAAGGUUAUCGAGAGCCGCCAAAAGAGAGGUUUGAAUACGGGCGAGCACUUCGGAUCACGACCGGCCUAUAGCGCCAGCUCGACCGUCUCUCCGGUUUCUCUGAGGACCAGCGAACUCCACACUCCGUCGGCUGACCGGAGCUACCAGAUCCGAUGCAUCUGCAAUACUGCCAGUAGCCAUAUCAACGGCAACGGCUACAUGGUUCAGUGCGAAUCGUGCGAAAUGUGGCUUCACGGCAAGUGCACCAACAUCACGCGCCAGACGCACCCGCGUGUAUACGUGUGCGCGUUCUGCGCGAAUACGCCCAACGCCCACGGCAUGCGAGGGCGCGAGAUACGUAGGACCACGGGAGGGUCGAACCCUCGACUGCCCAUCACGUCCCCGUUAGCGCAUAGGUCGUUCAAAUCAUUUAGGUAAUGAUGUGCGCGGCAGGCAUCUCGGGGGGCGGGCGCGCGUCGGGGUACGAUCCGCUGUGGGAUGGAUCGGACGAGGGACGGCUUAAUACAUGGGGGCUUCUGUGGAUGGCGGCGUUCGCUUGAAGAUAGACGGAAAUAGACCGCUUGGGUACAAAUACAAGCUAGGAGCAGUUGCAUACUACACGAUACCCUACCCUAAUCCGGGCUUCCGCGGAAGACGAAGGAAUGGCAAUGAGGAAGGUUGGCUUCUGAAGACGAAGACGGAGUAGAG